CUUGUGAUUCGUCUCCCAUGACACGCAAGUGACUGCCUCCUCUUUUCCCUACUUCUCUCUCUUCCAAUCCCAGUUUCCUGUCCGAGCCGCUGCCUAGAGCGCACGUGCGACGAAUCCCGCCCCCGCGAGACUCAAAAUCCACGCAUUCGCGACACUUGCGUCUUCGUCGAAUUCAGUCCCAACUCUCGAUACAGCUUCUCUCUGUCGAUUCGCAGCCAUGGAACUCUCCGAUAUUUUCCGCAUUGUUAACCUGGCCGUGGCGGGCAUCACCGUUCUGGGAGGCGUUUUCCACAUUUUCCCCGUUGGCUUCCAGAACCUCGUCAUUGGUAUCUAUAUGAUUGUCUUUGGCCUUGCUAUCGCACUUCUGGAGUUCCAAAUCCCCCCUCAGGUUUCGAGAUAUGCCAACUUCCUCUUUUCUUUCAUUGGCCGUGGUAUCUUCUAUAUCCUUCUGGGAGGCCUCCUCCUUGGCAACCACGCCAUUAGCAACAUUGCUGGUGGUGCUGUCGGCAUCAUCGGUGUCGGCUACGUCGCCCUCGAGUUCAUUCCCUCGAUCGAGCCCCCGAGCAACAUGCGAGAGGCUGACGUCGGCUGGGGCGCCGAGCAGGUCUAAACGGGCAUUCCCAACGAGACCAGGCGACGGGGAGCAUGACUCUCUCAAUUGCGCAAGAUUACAGGUCAUAUAACAGACUUAUUGGGAUUGGGCUGUUCUUUUCCCGUGUUGCAAUGACACGAGGUUCAGAUAGAAUCCUUGAUGGGUUAUCAUGGGGAUAGAGUCUACGACGUGAGGAUGGAAGGCUAUGGGAGGUUCAUAUGUGUUAGAUUGCGAGUCAAGGGUUUUGGUUUCAGCCGGAUCCAAGUGUUAUCCUAAGUGUUAUCAUACGGUAGGUAGUUUUUUACAGGCUGUAGUGCCAAUAGCACGAAACAAGAGACAAUACAUGAU